GGAGGUGAGCUGUGAAGAGGACCCACCACCCAUGUGCUCUCCUUCCUGUCUCCACCAGCUCCUGCCUCUCAAUCAUUAGCUUCUCCUCCCUCCCUCUGAAUAUGUGUUUCAGAUAAAGAGAACUGAUUAAAACAAAAGAAACCACCACCAUUUUCUCUCUUCCAAAACGAACCAUGUCUAAUAACAACAACGACGACGGAGUUAUGAUCUCUAACGGUUCUUUAAUCGAACACCAGCGACAACAACAACAACAGCAGAAUCUGAAACAAUCUUCAGACGGAGGUCUCGUCGUGAAGAAACCUCCGGCGAAAGAUAGACACAGCAAAGUCGACGGAAGAGGGAGGAGGAUCCGCAUGCCGAUCAUCUGCGCGGCUCGCGUGUUCCAGCUCACGAGAGAGCUCGGCCACAAAUCCGACGGCCAAACAAUCGAGUGGCUCCUCCGCCAAGCCGAGCCGUCGAUCAUCGCCGCGACGGGAACCGGCACAACUCCCGCGAGUUUCUCCACCGCGUCGGUAUCGGUCCGAGGAAGCUCCACCACUAUUUCCACUUCCACGAACUGCACUCUCUCCUCCUCGUUGGAUCAUAAACCGUUCAUACUCGGAAAACGCCUGAGAGAGGAUUCCGGAGGCGGUAAAGACGAGAUGGGAUCUUUUGCUACGCCGGCUGGGUUCUGGGCGGUUCCGGCGAGGCCGGAUUUCGGACAAGUCUGGAGCUUUGCCUCUCAUCAAGAGAUGUUCUUGCAACAACAGCAGCAGCAGCAGCAGCAGCCGGCAGCUGCUGCACUGUUCGUACACCAGCAGCAGCAGCAACAAGCUGCAAUGGGUGAAGCUUCGGCGGCUAGAGUCGGGAACUAUCUUCCGGGUCAUCUUAAUUUGCUUGCUUCUUUAUCUGGUGGAGCUCCCGGGUCGGGUCGGAGAGAGGAUGACCAGCGUUGAUUAUGAAGUUAAAGCUCUUUUUUUUUAGUUUGGUAUAUAAAUAUUAAUCUCUAUUUGUCAUCGAUCAAUCUCUCCUGCAUUGUUUUACUCGAGUGGCUUAUCUCUCUCUCUCUAUAUGUGUGUGUCUUAGUUUUUUGAGAUUGGUUGAAUGAUUCAAAGAGUGAUUUAGUGUGUUAAGUUUAAGUUUAAGACUAGGGUUUAGGGUUUAAGAACCUGUGUGUCAGAGAGGUUUUUGUUUUUUUUUUUUUUUUUUUGUGGAAGAUCGAUAUCUCAUCGGAACCGAGAUUUUACUUUUAAGUACCUCGUGUAGGGUAAUGAAGAAACCGCGGAGGUUUUUUUUUUGGCCCCCUUCUUGUCUGGUUUUUCCGGCGAAACAGAGCCGUCGUCUAAAAUUCCAGAUACUAUAUUAUGUUAUAUUGUUUUUUUUUGUUGCUAAUUGUGUAAUGUGUUACAACAACUGUGGCGAGCAAAUUGCGCAAGCUGUUAACCACAUUAUCAUUUUAAUAAAUGUUCCAUUCUUGGUGUU